UUCAAAAUAGCUUCGCAAGUUUCACAAUAUUGGCUGAAGCGCAUAGGCAUUCUUAUAAGAACGAAACGUCAUAUGAAAUCCGAUUCAAGUUCGCACAUGAACUCAAUGCUCUCUCUCUUUCCUUCGCUGUAUACUGUCUCUCGCCCUCUUCUGUCACUACGGACAAGCGUUGACUGACAGCUUUUCACAGUAGCUCCGCGCAGUAGAGGGGACAGGAGGGCAGCAGUUGCAGCGAACUAUUCAGUACACUGCUGCCAAGCUAUACAGUAAAUGGAUUAAAGCACUCAGCUAGCUAAAUAGUAGUAGCAGACACAUUACUGCAAAGAGAAAGGAAAGGUAAUAUUUAGUAUAUAUUUUAAAAUACUGGACUGGACUAGAGGACCUCUCUCCCUUGCAUACAUGUGUUAAAGGGAGGGAGGGGGACGCAAUUGAAUGAUGUUUGAAUUAUCUAGCAAGCGAAAAUAUUUUUGCUGUCAUUGAAUAGAAGUUUAGGUUGUAGUUGAGAAAAACAAAUACUCGAGCGCGAUGGAGUGCCAACCACCCGACCCGCAAAGCUACGAGGACGUUCGAAAGAACGGCUACCUCCGCAAGCAGAAAUCCAUGCACCGGCGAUACUUCGUCCUCCGGACGGCCUCGGAGAGGGGUCCAGCCCGGCUCGAAUACUACGAGAGUGAAAAGAAAUUCCGCGGAAAAACACCCGUCCCAAAGAAAGCCCUGGUGCUGGAGACGUGUUUCAACAUCAAUAAGCGGGCUGAUGCGAAGAACAAGCACAUGAUAGUGCUGUACACCCGAGCGGAGAGCUUUGCCAUCGCGGCAGAAAACGAGGCGGACCAGGACGAAUGGUAUCAGGCCAUGGUGGAGCUACAAUGCAAAAGUAAGACGCCUACUACUGACACAGGUGCUGGAGGGGACUACGGCGUGCCCACCCCAGGCCCUGCCUUCAAGGAGGUGUGGCAGGUCAAGGUGUGGCCUAAAGGGCUGGGUCAGGCCAAGAACCUGGUGGGUGUCUACCGGCUGUGCCUGACCGACAAGACGGUCAACUUUGUCAAGCUCAACUCGGACGCGGCCGCCGUGGUCCUGCAGUUGAUGAAUGUGCGCCGCUGCGGUCACUCUGAAAACUUCUUCUUUGUGGAGGUUGGUCGCUCUGCGGUCACGGGCCCCGGGGAAUUCUGGAUGCAGGUGGAUGACUCGGUGGUGGCCCAGAACAUGCAUGAGACCCUACUGGAAGCCAUGAAAGCCCUGAGUGAGGAAUUCCGCCAACGCAGCAAGUCACAGUCCAAUUCUGGGCCAGGUGGGGGAGCCACUGCCUCCAACCCCAUCAGCGUCCCCUCGCGACGCCACCACCCCAACCCUCCCCCCAGCCAGGUGGGCUUCACCCGUAGGCCUCGCACCGAGCCGCCCGGAGGGUCUGGAACUGGCGGCAACAGCGCCAAUGCAUCACCCACCCCCCGCCACAGUUUCCCCAGGUCAGGCACAGCCAGCGACGGGGGUAAAGGAGAAGAAGGCGUGGGGGGAGCGUGUGGAGGUGUAGGUCAGAGUUCCAGUCCUACCACCAAUGGGUCCUCCUCCACUACGCCCAUCCUCAGGUCCAAGUUGGCCCGUUCUGCCUCCACCCCAACCAAGAACAACUCCCUGAGCCUGAUGCGCUCCGUCUCCACCCCAGCCCCCUCCCCGGCUCCAAGCUUGUCCUCCAGCUCCAGCCACGGCUCUGAGUUUGGAGUAGUGGUGGCUGCAACCGGAGGAGGUGGAGGAGCAGCAGGGACCGGUGCCUACAGCCGUCUCCCCUCCCACAACGCCUCUGUGUCGGGCUCCCCCAGCGAUUAUGGCUCCUCGGAUGAAUACGGCUCCAGCCCUGGGGAGCACUCUGCCCCCUCCCCCAACAUGCCUGGAGGGUCAGCCAGGUCAGGUCAUUAUCAAUCCCUGGACGACGAGGCUGCUAACUACAUCCUAAUGGGCCAGCGUGGUGGUGCUGUAGCUCCAACAUCUGGCUCUCUGCCUGCUGGAGCAUCCAGCUCAGCCCCUUCCCACCAGCCCCAGACCAGGAGGGUCCUGCGGCGCUCCUCUAGCCGGGAAUGUGAAGCCGAGAGGCGGUUGCUGAGCAAGCGGGCAUCCCUGCCUCCCAUGGCCCUGGAGCGCCUGGCCCCUCGACCCCACAGGGGGGAGGAGGAGCAGGAUGAAGACGCGGCGGACUACGCCAUCAUGUCCCGCAGCACCAGCGGGGAUUCCUUCACCACCUGCGUCUCCUCACAAAGAGACUCUGAGAUGAGCCCCGGUGGAGGGGGAUACCUGGACGUGGCUGUAGAGUUGGUUGGUAGUGGAGGUAUAGUGCGGGAUAACGGCUAUAUGUCCAUGCUACCGGGAGGAGUUACCCAACCUCCAGUCUCCCUCACCCACUCGCUUUCCGUCUCUGUCGCCGACUCGGAGUCCAAGCCAGCGGAUGACUACAUGGCCAUGACGCCUAACAACAGCGUGUCCCCCCCUCAGCAGAUCCGGCCCCCUCCUGGCUCCGGCGACGGCUACAUGAUGAUGUCACCCAACAGCAGCUGCUCUCCGGACCAGCGUGGCUGCCUGGGAGGUGUGACCUGGGUGGACAGCAGUAGUGCCGACAGCCGGGCGGGCAGCGACUACAUGAACAUGUCCCCCAUCAGCAUCCGCUCGGCCAACAGUAGCCCCCCUCCCCCCGAGCAACCCCCUCAGACAGACUACCACCCCUCACUGCAGGCCCCCAAGAUGGUCUACUCCUACUACUCACUUCCCCGCUCCUACAAACACACGCCACCUGGUGGACACUUUGAGGACGGUCCUGGCCGAGGCAGGAGGCCCAAUGGGAGCAGUGAUGUUAGAGGAGUUGGCAGGGCGGUGGUGGUUCGUCAGGACCCCAAUUUGGGUGCAGUCCAAGGUCGCCACCUGUCCCUCUCCUCGUCCUCAUACUCCUCCAGCUCUGCCAGCAGUGAGAGCCUAGGGGAGAACGAGGACAGGGCUCUCCAGGGAGCAGGGUCCUCAGGUGGGGGAGCUCACUCUAAAGACAUGGGGCUCCUCCAGCAGAGACGGGCAGCCCCCAAGCAGGGCCAGCAGGGGGGCCCCAGGACCCGGCCUGUCAGCCUGUUUGUGGACGUGUCCAAAGCCAACACCCUCCCCAGGGUCCGUGAGAACCCCCUCCCCCCGGAGCCCAAGAGCCCAGGGGAGUACGUCAGCAUUGAAUUCAAGGGUGACAAAAGCACCAGAGGAGGGCCAGGAGGUGGGGGAGGGAGGGGACUCAGACAUGGGAUGUCCCUGCCUCACGGCUCCAGCCAGCGCCCUUCACACCGGCCCGCCUCUUGCCUGGGGGGGUUCCUGCCCCUCUCCCGAAGCCCCUCCACCCCCCAGACCCCCCUCACGCCCCUCACCCCUCCAUCCGCCUCAGAAUAUGUCAACAUGGACCUGCGGCCCUCACCGUCCCCCUCUCCCCUCUCCCUGACACCACUGAGCUUCCCCUCCUUCCCCACCCCACCAACGCCCCCUCCAAUGAUCCUGGCCCCCAAGGCCCGCGACGAGUACAGGGUGGCCCUUCAGCAGCAAGGUGGGCCAGAGGGUGCUGAAGCGGGGCCCAGGACAAACAGACAGACUACCCAUGUAGUGGUGACUCAAUCAGAGUCCCCUACCUCCUGCGGGGACUAUACAGAGAUGGCCUUCAGCCUGAAAAACAACACCGUCCCCAGCUCCACGUCCAACAACACCUUCCCCAAAGCCCCCUCCCCAGGCAGGCCCGAUCCCCCAGUCCCUGUCGUCACCCUGGGCCUGGACUUCCCCUUGCCUAAACCUGGGCCCAACCCGGACCACAGGGCUAAAGUGAUCCGGGCCGACCCCCAGGGCCGCAGGCGCCACUGCUCCGAAACCUUCCUCAACCCCCCCCCUCUUCCUCCCCCCUCCUCCAACUCCUCCUCUGCUGCCUCUCUCUUCCCGGAGCAAGCCCAGGCCGUGGUUCGCCGGCUUGGGUUUGAGGGCAUGCUGUGGGGGAAUGGAGUGUCGGCCGAGCAUCUCCCCUCGCAGUUCCUCCACCCUGGGCCUGGCCUACCCGCUGCCCAGGCUUUGUCCAUGGAGCAAGGCCUUAACUAUAUAGACUUGGACUUGGCCAACAAAGAGAGCCUUCAUUCAGCCUUAGACGGGUCCUCAACCGUACAGGCUAUCCCCCCUCGCCUCUACUCGUCCGUACUGAAUGGGGGGGUGGGGGUGUCCGGGGCGGGUAUCGGGGGCAGUGGAGACUCCAACCUCAACACCUAUGCCAGCAUUGACUUCUACAAGUCAGAAGAGCUGCGGACGCAUCCGAACGGAAACAAAGACGGUACAGAAUGCUGAUGUCUUUGCCCUUGCCUUGGAAUUAUGGGAAAUAAAUAAGAGAUGCUGAAGCUCCUCCUCCUCAUCCUUGUGUGACAGCCAAUGGGAAGACGGGAUGCACUGGUCACACCUCUGAAGCACUUUGGAAGGACUGAUGGAAAACCUUUUAUUUUUUUGCUUUCAGUGUAUUGGUUGUGAUGACCAAUGGGGAUGCGUGCCAAUGAUAUUCUGAAAACCUAUUGGUUGCACUUAGCCUGAGAAGGGAGGACUCUAAGCCAAUCAGAGAAGAGUAUGAAGACUGACUGCUGACUGGGAGCCAAUGAUUUUUUUUCGAUCAUCAGCUUAAAUGGAAACCCAAUUAACCAAUCAAAAAUAAGGAUUUAAUCUAAUGACGGCUGAAUAUACAAAGUAUAAAAACAAAAUAUAUAGAAAUAUAUAUCUGCUCAAGUGCCUCAUUUUUUUGAUUGUAGACAUUUUACAAAGAACUUCAACUUAGCGUUGACUACGGAAGUGAAGAUGCUUCAGUAUUUGUGCUUGUUUUGAAGUAGCAAUAUGUUGUGGCAGGUAUAAGAAUAAUAAGGAUGAUGAUGAUAAAAAUACCAAUUAGCUGACCUUACUGUCUUACUGUGAGAUGUUGGCAGCAUAGCUUCUAUUCGCUUUAAGCUCAUUGCUUUAAGCUCAUGUAACUGACAGAUUUCUCCCUAUCUCUCUCUCACUCUUUCAAAAUCUCUCUCUCUGCCCAUACCUCUCAUCCAAGAUUGCAGUAUUCUAUAUCACAUACCAGCCCGCCCACAUACUUUACAAUAAGACAGUCACCCUUCACCGUGAAUAUUGUCUCUGGCGCUGGACAAUAUGUAUGUAACACACAAUCACUUGGCACUUGUUGCAGGUAAAGACAGGUGCUCUGUUCCAAAAUCUACAUUAACAUACCACUUGGAAUGAAGUGAUAAGUUGUGGAAUGCAUGCAUUCUGAGCAGUGGUGGGAAAAGUCCUCAAUUGUCAUAUUUGAGUAAAAGUAAAGAUACCUUAAUAAAAAAUGACUGAAGUAAAAGUCACCAGGUAAAAUACUACUUGAGUAAAAGUCAAAGUAUUUGGUUUUAAAUAUACUUACGUAUCAAAAGUAAAAGUAUAAACAAUUUUUAAAAUUCCUUAUUAUUCCUCAAUUUUAUUUUUAAAAUGUAUUGGCGGAUAGUCAGAGGCACACACUCAGACAUAAUUUACAAACGAAGGAUUUGUGUUUAGUGAGUCCGCCAGAUCAGAGGCAGUAUGGAUGACAUGGGAUAUUCUCUUGAUAAGUGUGUGAAUUGGACCAUUUUCUUGUCAAAAUGUAAUGAGUACUUUUGGGUGUCAGAGAAAAUAUAUGGAGUACCAAGUGCAUUAUUUUAUUUAGGAAUGUAGUGAAGUAAAAGUCUGCAAAAAUAUAAAUAGUAAAGUACAGAUACCCCAAAAAACUACUUAAGUAGUACUUUAAAGUAUUUUUACUUAAGUUCUUUACACCACUGAUUCUGAGUGGUGUAAAUGGGCUCCUGUGGAUGUUGGAACAUAGCCAUUCAAAAUAGGGGAGAGUGGGGUAAGAUGAGCUCAACCACUCAACAUACCCCAUUCUCCUCUACCUGGGUUGGUCAGAUUAUUAUAGCAUUGUGCUAGGUAGAUGGUAAAUCCCUCAGCAUUGUGCUACGUAGAUGGUAAAUCCCUCAGCAUUGUGCUAGCUAGGUGGUAAAUCCCUCAGCAUUGUGCUAGGUAGAUGGUAAAUCCCUCAGCAUUGUGCUAGGUAGAUGGUAAAUCCCUCAGCAUUGUGCUACGUAGAUGGUAAAUCCCUCAGCAUUGUGCUAGGUAGAUGGUAAAUCCCUCAGCAUUGCGCUAGCUAGGUGGUAAAUGGCUAGUGUUGCUGAUCACAGCUCAGAUAUAGGUAUGACAUUAUUAUCCUACUCAAUCCAAUUAUCAGACAAAAUGUUAGUAUCUAUUAUCUCAAGACAGUUGCAGGUAUUUUCAUCCCCAUCGUGUCAGGAGCCUGGUAAGCGAUAGGAUGGUGGAGUAUAGUGUCCAUAGAGAUAACGGACGUGCCGACAUUAGCUGUGCUAACUAUAGCCCUUGCUAAAGUCGUCUUAUCUAACGUCUGGAUUUUAUAACAUGGGCCUUGCUAGCUGCGGGGAACAUGCUAACUUCAGCCUAGUUAGCAAAGUAUUUUGUUAGGGGGCAUAGAUGGCCACAACCGUCCUUUCUGUUUCUCAUUCUCCCUUUUUCGCUCUCUUUUUGUCUCUUACUUUAAACUCUUUCUGCUAUGCAUUAGCACUAAAGUGCCUGUCUGUAUGUCCGUCUGUCCCUUUCUUCCCCUUUAGCACUAUCAGGGCUAUCCUCUCAAAAUAUAUAUAGUCUAUUUUUAUGUCUAUUUUUCUUUUAGCGUAUGUACAAUAUUGUGUAACCUCAAGGUACCCUUCCCUUAUUGAGGUUUCAAUUAUGGUCAAGGAUGUAGUGACCCAUGAAAUGACUUGACCAAUUGCCCCUGACUUCAUCACGUGUUUGUAUUGGGUUGGUGCUGAAAAAUGUAGGCCCCGAGGAGAACCCCAUUGAGGACCUCGUCUAUGGAUGGCCGUAUUAGUGCCAAAACAAAAAUACGCUGUGACUCUUUCAGACAAUACAUUAAAAAGCUACAGUAGCUACUUUUAAUAGCUACUAUGAGCUCUCAAGUUCUGACGUUUUAUAUUGCCUGCUCUGUUGUUUUCUUACCACCGUAAAAACAAAAAAACCUGUUUUGGAUGUUUUGAGACAUCUUGCCUCAUAGUUUGCCUCUGGGACACUUAUGAAAUUGUACUAAAUGAACAAAACUUACUGUAAGUUGCCAAUAUGAGCAAUCACAGACAGAGAAAAAUAGGGGGGGGGGGACUUUUAACAGAACGAAAUGUGUCUGUCCGUUUCACUACCACCACAUUUGUAUAUGGGCUGGCUGUCUUAUGCACUUCCUUCUCAUUUGAGUCACGUGACUUUUGGUAGCAUAACAAAGCGGCUUCAUUGCUACCAGAUUGGGAUCUGUGGUCAGGACAAUUGGCCCUAAUGGUUUCUAAUGUAGAGGUGGGGUUGGGAAAGUAGUUUGACUCCAACCUCACUGUGCCAGGUUUGUUUCUGUUCACUGCAUGGCACAAAGAGGCAGCAACACACACACACACACAUUAAACACAAACAGUGUUUUGGAAAUGUUAUAUUUUUCUCAUAAUGACUCAACAAUCUUCCAAACUAAAGCCAGAUCCUAGGUUCCAGUAAUAUGGGGGAAAACACACAAAAACAAACUUAGUGCAAGAGUUCAUUCUGAAAUCAAAGUUAAAUCCAACACUAUGGCCUCAAAAGUGGACAAUGCCCAUGAGCUCAUUCACUGUUGAGGUCUAGAUGACAAACUUGAAUUUUGGAGUGAAGUGUCACUUUAAUUCUUAGAGAAGCAAGGUACUUGGAGGCAAGAGUGUCAGGUCUCCAUUUAACAUACCUACAGUGGCGACCCGUCAAUCAGGGCAGGUGGGGCAGAGCCCUACCUGUUUAAGCCCCACCUGUUAAGCUAAAAAUAUACUUUUUUAGUUGUAUCUGUUUUGCAUGUUAUUUUGGCAUUAGUACAUGUCACAUCAGUUUGCAAACAAUGUCAAAGAAAAAUCAUUGAGUUAAUAAAGCUGCAUAAAAACA